GAAAUAUAUGGAGAGAGAAGCUGAAAGAGAAAGAAUAAAGAAAGUGAGGGAAAGUUUUCAGUUUUUCGUCUAAUACUUUUCUUUCUUUAGUUUUAUGAUGGAAAAGUCGUAUAGAAUUGACCACUAACCCCAUUUUUCCUACUAGUAAAUGAGACUUUGCUAAAAAGUUUACCCUAAUAAUCAUCAUCAUCGUCUUCAGUAUCCAAUCAGUCUUCAAACUCACAAUCAAUCCGCUGCCAUAAACAAGAACUAGGGUUUCAAUUGCAUCCAAUUGGGGUACAUGAUCAUAGAAUUUGAAAUUUCCAUGGUAUAUAUAUGUACAUAUAUAUGAAGGUUUUGAUCAUUAGGAGUGUUUUGUAGCUUUGGAGUAGAUGGGGGGUGGUGAGGACGAGAUUGAGCUUGAGAGCCAAGACACAAUAUUCGUGGCGGUGGGAAAGAAUGUGAAGGAAAGCAAAUCAACGCUGUUGUGGGCAGUGAAGAGCUUUCCCGGGAAGAAAUUAUGUCUUCUUCAUGUUCAUGAGCCCGCACAUUUAGUCACUCUCUUAGAUGGAAAGUUCUCAGCCAACAAACUGAAACAACAGGCAGUCCAGGCCUGUCGAGAACUUGAACAGCAAAAGAUGCACAAGCUUCUAAAUCGAUACCUUCUCAUUCUAGCCCAAGUAGGGGUGCAGGCAGGUACAGUGUGGAUGGAAUUGGACAAUGUUGAAAAAGGAAUUGUACAAAUUAUUUCUCAGCAUGAUAUCAGAUGGCUUGUCAUGGGAGCCGCAGCAGAUAAGCACUAUUCAAAGAAACUGUCAGAGCCCAAGUCCAAGAAAGCAACCUUUGUGUCCCAGCAAGCACCAGCAUCCUGUCAUAUUUGGUUCAUUUGCAAUGGAUGCCUCAUAUAUACAAGGUAUGAUGUGCGAAGCAUCAUGACAUUGUCUUCUUCAACGAGUAGCAGUGGCACAAAUCUGCUGCAGUGUCAUGAAGAUGCAGAUGAAGAUACUGAUGAACUGGUGGGAAUGUCAAGGGGGUUCACUUCUCAGGUUUUGGUGCAGUUACCUAAGUCAAUAGACACAGUGGUUGGUACUUUAGAACUAAACCCCUUGUCAAUGGAUGAGAUAAAAGGGGAUGAUUCACCUUUAUCCUCAGUGGACAAGUCCCAAGGCCAGCUUGAUUGUUCAACAUCUAUUAUUUUGCUGGCUGAAGAAUUAGAAAUUUCAUGCAUGAAGGAGAAAAAGCAAAGCAAAGAAAUGGAAGGAGUUCUGUCCAGACAAAGGCAAGAACUGGAAAGGAUGAAGAAUCAGCAUGAUCAAUAUACAAAAGAACUCCAGAUAAUCCGUGACCAAAAGCCAGUGCUAGAGAGCCAACUCAUUGACUCUCAUUCUAUGGAGAAGGAGUUAGAGGAGAAGAUCAUUCAAGCUGUAAAACUGUUAAUAACUUUUAAGGAAAAACGGGAUAAGGUACAGAUAGAGCAUGAAAAAGCAAUUAAAGAAAUCAAUGGAUUAAGGAAAUUAGUAGACGAGGAUGCUGCAAACUUACAGAAGCUACAGUUUUUCGCAUUCUCUUUCUCGGAGAUUGGUGAGGCAACUCGAGAUUUUGACCCAUCCUGGAAGAUUGGAGAUGGGAUAUAUGGGAGUGUUUAUAAAGGGAUUCUUCGCCAUCUGAAAGUUGCUAUUAAGAUGCUGCCCUCUUGUGGCUCUCAAGGUCAUGUGGAAUUUGAGCGUAAGGCUUGGGUUUUGAGUAAGGUGAGGCAUCCAAACCUUGUAACCUUGAUUGGAACCUGUCCAGAGUCUAAGUCACUUAUUUAUGAGUACCUUGGAAAUGGAAGCCUUGAAGAUCACUUUGCCUGCCAGGGUAAAACUCCCCCUCUUUCAUGGCAAACGCGAAUAAAAAUUGCUAGUGAGAUAUGCUCUGUUCUUAUCUUCCUCCACUCCAGUAGGCCUUGUAUCAUUCAUGGGAAUUUGAAACCCACAAAUAUCCUCCUUGAUGACAACUUUGUCAGCAAACUCAGUGAUUUGAGUGUCUAUCGUUUGAUUUCCCAAGAUGAGAACCAAACUUACAUGACCACAUUAUGUGAUAAAAUUGCCCCUGAGGGCUCAGUGUAUAUGGACCCACAAUUUCUUGAGACUGGAGAACUUACUGCAGAAUCUGAUGUGUACUCAUUUGGAAUUGUACUAUUGCGGCUUUUAACCGGAAGACCAGCGUUAGGGGUAGUGAAAGAUGUGAAAUGUGCACUAGAAUGGGAUAAUUUUAAUACAGUGCUGGACCAUUCGGCUGGGGAGUGGCCACUUGAGGAAGUGAAAACUUUAGCUCGCUUGGCAUUGAGGUGCUGCGAGAAUAAGCUGGAGGAUCGGCCAGACCUUGUGUCAGAAGUACAAAGUGCGAUCGUGUUGAUGAGGGAAUUAAGCACUUCAUCAAACCUUGACUACAAGGGUCCUCGCCGCAUUCCCUCUCAUUUUGUUUGUCCCAUUUUCCAGGAAGUCAUGAAAGAUCCACACAUUGCCGCAGAUGGUUUUACAUAUGAAGCAGAUGCCAUAAAAGGAUGGUUGAAUAGAGGCCACGAUACUUCACCAUUGACAAAUCUUAAACUUGACCACUGUGAUCUGCUCCCCAAUUAUGCCCUUUACUAUGCUAUUCAGGAAUGGCUGCAAAAUUCCUAAUUUUUUUUUUUUUUGAUGUGUUAGUUUUACACAUAUAUGAAUGCACAUUUUGUAUACUUUUACAUAGUAAAAGGUGAAAUCAUGAUUUCAAGUUCAAUACCAAAAAUUUUAAGAAUAUAUGCAGGGUGUAUAUAUAUGUAUUGUAUUACCAACUUCAAAA